CCGGUAAAGGUGGUUGUUGUGAAGAAAGAUCAUGAAGAAAAUUUUGUAAUAAUUUAAUAAGUUUUUUUUUUAUAUUUUUCAAAGAAAAUUUUAAUUAAAAGGAGAUAAUAGAGAUAAAAAAAAUAAAUUAUUUUAUAAAAAUAGAAAAAACUUUUUUAUAUGCGAAUAUCUAAAUAUAUUAAAAGUUUUUUUAUAUGUAUGUGUUAGCACAUUUCGGCAAUAAAACGUAAUUUUCAAUAAAAAUACAAAAAAAAAAGAAAUUAAUCCUGUCAACAUUUUAGCUGCAAAUGGCUAAAACGCGAAUAAAAACGACACCAACACGCAUGCAAAAGGAAGCAUUAAUGGCGUCUGCAGCUGUUACUACUACCACAAAUAUUGUCACGGAACAUGUUUUCAAGAAACGUAUAAGUGUCUUAAAAAACUCCAUCACUGCCAAGGACUCGACAACAUUGACGACGACGACUGCAGCAAUGCCCCUACAACAAUCGACAAUAAUUGUUCAACCACCGAAACGUACAAAUUCCAUAUCAUCUACAACAUCUAAUAUCUCGCACACAAGUGAUGGCAGUCACUCUUGUGCCGAAUCACCGCCACCAAACAUUUCGACAACACCCACACUACAGCAACAAAGUCAAGGACCAACAAUGGCUGAACUAACGGAAAAUGCUAUAAAAACUUUAAAUGCUGGUUUGCUGGCCAAAUCAAAUGCUUUAGCAUUGAAAAAUCGUAAAGUCUAUAUGAUAACAGAGAAAUGUUGUGAUGAUGCAACAACAAAUGGUGGCCAUAUUAAAGGAAGUGGAACAGCGGCUGCUGGCAGCUUUAACAAUGGCAUGGCCCCAGGACAAAAACGUAAAAUGUACUUAAUAAUGGAGGAAAAAGAAAGUGAUAGAAUUGUAGGUGAUCAAGCGGAGAAACUAAUGAAAAUGGAUAAUACAAAUAAUUCAAAGAAAUUGACAUUAUUUACCGAUACCACCAAUGGACAAUUGCCACAGAAAUUUGAAAAGAUUUUACCCGAAAUACUCAAUUGUAUACAAGCGAAAAAGGGUAAUAGUAAUAGUUGUGCUGUUAAUAAUGUUCCAGCUAUAAAUGGUAAAACAGAAAUUGUGGCAGUUGAACAGAAUACUACAAACUCAUCGAGGAGUCUAUUGAAAACCAAUGAAAACCAUGAAAGACUGCCAUUAACAUUGCCACCAAAAAAGAAUCGUACCAAAAUAAUUACUACACAAAUAAUACCAGUCAAUGCCACAACACAACAACAUGCCAUAUACCAACAACAACAACAAUUACAAAGUAAUGGAAUGGAUAAUUGGCCACCGACAACAGUCCAUGGAGGAGUAGUGGUAACGGGUGUGCCAAAUAACUUAAAUUAUAACAACAAUAAUAACAACAAUGGUUUUUGUAAAACUGAGAAAUCUCUUGGUGCUACACCGGUCAUUGUUAAUGCCUCCACUUUACUAAACAACAACAAUAACCCUACUAACGGCCUUAAACAAAGCAAAGAAAAUGGUAGUUCUGGUAUAGGCAACAGUUCGAACAAUCAAUUACAUAAGAAUAUUAAUCUAUCCACUGACUUUUUAUUUCUCAUGAAAAUGCUACCCAAACUGGAGAGUAUUGAAGAGCCCCAUAAGACCUAUGUUAAGACCUGUAUUGAAGAUAUUAUUAAUCAAUAUGCUGCUAAUGAAAAUCUGGAACAAUGAACUAACUGUGUUGUAACUGUAAAGGACUACUUUUGAUAUUUUAUAUAUAUAUUUUUUUAAUUUUACUAUUUUAUUAGUAUUAAUGGAAACCAAUUAUAUAUUUUAAGUUCAUUAAAAAUAUCACGAAUUCAUUAAAAUAUUCAUAAAUUCAUUAAAUCAUUGUUUCUUUCAUUCAUUUUUAAUAUAUUUAUCAUAAUCAUAAUAUCUUUAAGUAAUUUAAGCUUCAUUACAUGCAUAUUUCAUCUAAUAUACAUAAGUACAUGAAAUACAUACAUACAUACACACACACAUAUUCACACAAUACAUAAUUACAUUUUUACUUGCAUUAAAUAUAAAAUGCAUUAAUUCAUUAAUUCAUUGUUCAUUUUCAAAAUGAAGACUGACAGUUUUAAAACUGCACAAUUUAGAAUUUAUGUUUUAAUAUAAUUGAAAUAGAAUUUUAUAACAAUUUUAUAUACAAUUAAAUUUUGUAUAAAAAAACAAAAACACAACCAAUUUAAAAUUUACUAUUUGCAAGUGUGAAUAAAUUACAAUUAGCAUUUACAUACAAAACUCGAAAUACAAUUAAAAGUAAAUAAAAUAAGAAUUUAUAUGA